ACCAAAGGGGUAGCUACACUACGACAACCAAGUAGAGUACCCACCAAUCUAUCUACCAGACAACUUCUCUAAGCAAUCAGCUAAGCCUUUCCUCUGUCCCUCUUGCAUAUCCCAUCUCCUCUCAUUUUCUAUGCCUUUUUAACACUUGUUCUAUAAUCCUGUAUACUCUUCAAACUUGGAAGGGUCACUCUCCAGAGAUAUUGUCCAAUAUAUGGAGCAAGCUCGGUAUUGGAUGUUGACUAAGCGUAAGCAUAGUUUGAAUUCUAAUUUCCAGGCUUCAACUAAUCCUUCAUUUGAUGAUUCUUGGGAAGAACAAGCUUUCGCUGAAGAUGCAGCUGGGCCUCUUGGAGGGUGUAUAUGGCCUCCAAGAUCUUACUCUUGUAGCUUUUGUAGAAGAGAAUUUAGGUCUGCUCAAGCUCUAGGAGGUCAUAUGAAUGUCCACAGGAGGGAUAGAGCUAGACUAAAGCAACCUCCAAGUCCUCACAAUGAAGUCCUUCAACAGGAGCAUCAAAGUCCUCACAGCCACCUUCAAAAUCCCUAUAAAUCUUUUGGUUUUCAACACCCAUCUCAGCUUUGUAAUCUGGUUUAUAGCCCUAACCCUAAUUCUGAUCCUGGUCCGAUUGCAUCCCCACCUUCUUCUUCUAGGGUUUCAACUACACCUACUCACGAGAAUUGCCGAAUAAAGGGUUUUUUCCCUACUUUUUCAUCUUUUAUUGUUGAAGAACAACAAAAGAGAUCCCCUAGAUCUUCUCCUCCACCAUGGACUAAGUUAGCUACAGAAAGAUGUUAUCAUAACUCUGAUCUGAGCACUGAAGGAGGGCAGAAUUCAUGGAAAGUAGAAUCAGGUUGUAGAGAAAAAGUAAACCGUAUCAAAACAGAUUUGUCUGUCAGCUUGAAUUUGGUAGUUCGACGUACUCGCCCAAGCAUAACGGACAGUGAGGAGGAUCCUUCGAGCUGCAAGAAGCGGAGGAUCGAUAAAUCAUCAUUACCUUUCUCUCUAAAGUCUAAUUCGGUCGACAAGUCUGAGGUGCUUGAAAUUAGCCCUUGCACUGCAGAAGAAUUGGAUCUUGAACUCAGGCUUGGUGACCGGCCUAAGGUAAAGUAGUUGCUGAAUCCCGAGUGUUAUUGGAUAUAUUACAGGCCGUCUUGCCCCUUCUUUAUUAUGUUGCUUGAUUUCCUCUUUGCUUUUUGGUUUUCUUUUUUCCUAUCUUUAAUCUUGAGAUCAUGACCUCUUCUCUUUGAUCUUUGAUCUUUGAUCACUUUGGCUAUAUCUAAAUCCUUUAUGAUUUCGCAGGGUGCAUGUAACAAUAACACUAUUAAGAAAAAAAAAUGACAGAAAAACAUUAAGAGUUCA